AAAACUCUUCAACAAUAAAUACACAUAAUAAGAGCCAUGGCUUUAAAAGUGCUCCUGGAACAAGAGAAAGCAUUUUGCACCAUUGUAGUUUUACUGGCCUAUUUGGCAUGUAAAGUGAUCUGUGAAACGGGAGACUGUCGACAACAAGAAUUCAGGGAUCGGUCUGGAAAUUGUGUUCUCUGCAAGCAAUGUGGGCCAGGCAUGGAGUUGUCUAAGGAAUGCGGCUUUGGCUACGGGGAGGAUGCCCAGUGCAUGACAUGCCGGCCGCACCGGUUCAAGGAGGACUGGGGCUUUCAGAAAUGCAAGCCGUGCCUGGAGUGCGCCGUGGUGAACCGCUUCCAGAAGGCCAACUGUUCCGUCACCAGCGAUGCCGUCUGUGGGGACUGCCUGCCGGGAUUUUAUAGGAAGACAAAACUUGUUGGUUUUCAAGACAUGGAGUGCGUACCUUGCGGAGACCCUCCUCCUCCUUACGAGCCACACUGUACCAGCAAGGUCAACCUCGUGAAGAUCCCGUCCACGGCCUCCAGCCCACGGGACACAGCACUGGCGGCCGUAAUUUGCAGCGCCCUGGCCACUGUCCUGUUGGCCCUGCUCAUCCUCUGUGUCAUCUACUGUAAGAGGCAGUUUAUGGAGAAAAAACCUAGCUGGUCUCUGAGAGCACAAGACAUUCAGUACAACGGUUCUGAACUGUCAUGUUUUGACAGACCUCAGCUCAAUGAAUCUGCUCCCAGAGCAUGUUGUCAGUACCAUCAGGACUCAGCCCAGACCUGUGGGCCUGUUCACUUGAUUCCAUCUCUGUGCUGUGACGAGGCCUGCAGCGUGGACCGGGUGACUCUUGGCUGUAGGGUGCAUUCCAAGGCCACACUUCAGGAGAGACACACAGGUCCAGUGGGGGAGAUGGUGCCCACAUUCUUCGGGUCCCUUCCGAGGUCCAUCUGUGGUGAGUUUUCAGACGCCUGGCCUCUGAUGCAAAAUCCCAUGUGUGGUGACGACAUCUCUCUUUGUGACUCUUAUCCCGAACUCUCUGGAGGAGAUACUCAUUCUCUCAACCCAGAAAACGAAAGCUCGUCCUCCUUGGAUUCAAACAGUAGUCAGCAUUUGGUUGGUGGAGCUGUUCCAAUUCAUUCUGAGAACUUUACAGAAACUACUGAGCCCUCUAGAUGUAACCACUCACUGACAGAGCCAGUGCUGACUCAGGAUAUGCUGACGACCAGAAGCCAGCUGCGUCAGGAGAGUGGCGAUAUCGUCAGCCUGACCACACAGACGUCCCUUCAGGAAGCUUAAAGGACUUGCUUCUUUCUGCAGUAGAAGAAUAUGGAUGGAACCCAGCGGGCACUCACCCCUCCGCUUAGGCUUAUGGACUGAGCACAGUCUGGACCCUGCGUGGCUUCUGGAGGAAAAAAAAUAAAUCUGAACCAAACUGAUGGCAUUUUAAGCCUUUCAACCAGUUGCAUCUGAGCCAGACCAGCUGUAAGCUGAAACCUCAAGGCAAAACAAGAAAAGACUCCAGGCACUCAUUAUACUCUGCAUCUUUCCUAAACAAGAAGCUUCCAUGCCACAAGCGUAACUUCAAAGGCUGAUGGCUCGAGUUCGCAGCCUACGAGAUGAUGAGCAUGUAACAAGAAACAGAAAUGCAUUCAUGCUUAUUUUCGUGGCGAGUG